CAUUCAAGCUACUAAUUGUUAGUUUUCACAGAGCAGAGAUGAGGGUCUUUCAAGUCAAUGGCAACACGCUCUCGCUUGCCCUCUUCACCGACGCCACCAAUUCCAAGGAACUCCUGGACUCUAUGCAAGCUGGGACACUUGAUCCUGAAGUAGCAUUUCUUAAUGCAUCACUUAUUCCAGAUGUUUUUCCUGUUCUAGCUGCUGCACAUAAGACGCUUAUUUCCAAGUCGCGCGAGUCAUUGACUACACGAACUCUCCAUUCCGAGCUUGUUUACAAUUACUCAGGAUCUAAGCAUAUCACCGAGUCCUUGAAAAGAUGUGGUAUUUCUGAAAAUUCAAGUUAUGUCCUUGCAGCUCGAUUUAACGCUUCUCCUGAUGAGAUGAAAGCCGUGGAGAAGCUUAUUGAUGGAAAAGAGAUCAAUCUAGGCGAGUUGGAAGGAAGAGCAGACCAAGCUCAGAUACAAAAGCACUACAAAAUUUCCGGCCCGGAGCUAGGCAUAUCCACUCUUGCAGAUGCCAUAACAUGCCGAAUCGCUGCUCGAGAUGCUUUAUGAGAGUGGUCAGUUGUUGUCUCUUUGCUGUUUUUCUCAUUUCGUAUAUGCAUCCUUCCAUCGUUUUAGAGUUCUGUGAUUACAAUGUAGAUUCAAGCGCCAUUGCUUGGAAAUUGUGGUUAGUUCAAUGUAUUCAAAAAUUCAAACUUAAGACUUA